AUGGCUACCAAACUCAACAUGGCGGCCUUUGGCGGCGCGCACACGGCGGGCAUCUUCUCCGACAUGACGGUCGACGGGCCCGUCAUCGGCACGCUGGUGGCCAUCAUCGACCGCGCGCGCAACCUGCCCAACAAGCGCACCAUGGGCAAGCAGGACCCGUACUGCGCUGCCCGCCUGGGCAAGGAGGCCAAGAAGACGGCGACGGACAAGCGCGGCGGGCAGACGCCAAAGUGGGACCAGGAGCUGCGCUUCACCGUCCACGACUCGCCCGACUACCACCGCAUCAAGGUCUCCGUCUUCAACGACGACCGCAAGACGGAGCUGAUCGGCGACACCUUCAUCGGCCUCGCCGCCGUCAUCAGCCCCGGCGGCGGCCAGUCGGACGGCUGGCACACGCUCGACUGCAAGGGCAAGUAUGCGGGCGAGAUCCGCAUCGAGUUCACCUACUACGACACGCGGCCCAAGGCCGAGAAGCCCGCCGAGAAGAAGCGCGACACACAGCAGCCCGACGUCCAGAGCCCAGCAGCGGGCGGGCCGCGAGGCGCCCGGGGAGCCCGCGAGAGCACCGCGGUCAAGCGCAGACCGCUGCCCUCGGACCCGACCGCCGCCACGCCGUCGCCCACCAGCGGGCCCGAGCACCGCGGCCUGCAGGGCGUGCGAGCAGGGCCGCGCGAGCUGGGCUCUCCCCGCCACGCCGAGCAGCCUGCACCGCCGCAGCCCAGCCGGCGACCUGUGCCCGACGCCGCGCCGUCGCCGCGCACGUCGAACCCCAGCCUGGCGCAGCCCGGCGAGGAGUGGGACAUGUCGUACGCCGCGCCGAAGCCCUACGAGGCGAAGCCCGUCGACGCCCUGUCGCGCCACCUCGCAGACUCGCGGGCCGCGUCGCAGGACGACUUUCGCUCGCAGAGAGGCCACGUCCACCCGUCGCCCGCAGACGCCUUGCGCCCGCAGAGAGGCCACGUCCACCCGCCGCCUGCAGACGCCGUCCACGCGCACUCGGCGCCAGCGGUGCCCACGCAGCACAGCUACGAGCUCGAGCAGCGCUACUCGUCCGCCCACUCGCCCUCGCAUCCCCAGGAUCCCUACGACGAUGCCGCCCACCACGUCGCCCCGCUGCGCUCGAGCAGAAGCAACCUGCGCGGCCAGGAACACGCCUCGUCUGGCGACCACUUGCAGUCUGGCGGCCACUUGCACUACAUCGAGGCCCCGUACGACGACAGCCACGCGCACCGGCGACAGAGCGCCAUGCAGCCCACCGUCGAGGACGAGGACUUUGACCUGCCGCCGCCGCCGCCAGCGCACAGAAAGGACGCCGCCACGCUGCCGCCCAAGCACGCCUACAGCCCGGCCAACCCGUACGCCAGCGACUCGCCCGCGCCGCUCAGCUUUGCCCGCCACCACGAGCAGGAGCCGGGCUACGACCUGCAGCGCCAGCCAUACGCCGACUACGAGUACCGCCGGCCCGCAGAGCGCCGCUACACGCACCCCCGCGCUGCCGUCCAGACCGACAGCCGGCCCGUGUCGCGCGACACAAUGGCGCCGUCGCCGCUGAGACAGGAGGCGUCGCUCCCGGCGGCUCUCGUCGCGGGCUUCGACGCCUCUCGGGGCCAGCGCGAUGCUUACCAGGCGCCUCCCGCGUACGAGACGCCGCCGCGCCUGCGACAGUACUCGGAGCCGGCCGAAUACCGCGCGCCGGCCGAAUACCGCGCGCCGCCCGACUACGCCGCGCCCGACUACACCGCGCCCGGGUACACGGCGUCCGAGUACACCACGCCCGUCCAGCCCCACGAGCUGGUCCACUACCAGUCCCAGCCGCCGCCCGACUCGUACUACGACCACGAUCCGCCCGAGGAGCCGCGCCGGAGGUCCCCCGUCAACGAAUACGCCCCUGUGUACAGACCGCGUGCCCACAGCCCCAACCCGAGCCCACGCCACUCUCCCCGCCCCGUCGACGACCGCGCGCCACGCAUGCCGGCGCGGAGCAUGCCGACGCGCAAAUCCGUCUCGCCGCGCCCGCCACCGCCCCGCGAGGACCCCGGCCAGCGCCGCCUCUCGGGCGUCCCCUUUGGGCCGGACGACUUCAACGUGCUGAACCCCUCGCUCACGCCCGCCGACGAGCCCGAGCGGCCCGGCAGCAGCAUGGAGUACAACGACAAGGGCCAGAUUGUCACGUUCAGCGGCCGCGUCGUCGACGCCUCGGACCACCUGCCCGUCGACAACUGGGCGCCCGAGCCCGAGCCCAAGGGCACCGUCCGCGACAAGGCGCCGCGCAUCCGCGCCCAGCUCAACGGCAGCCGCGGGCUGCUCGACGCCGCCGCGAGGGAGGACAAGUACCGCCGCGACCGCGCGGAGCGGGACCGCAUCCGCAGCGCCGCCGACGUGACGUUUGGCGCCGCCGACGCGCCCUCGCAGGCCCUCGUCACCACGCGCCGGCCGGACAUGGACACUGGCAGCAGCGCCCUCGUGCUGGCCGACCGCGACGCAUACGACCGCCGCCCCGCGAGCAGGGGGUACGACGCGCGCCCCGCGAGCAGGGGCUACGAGCCUAGCAGCCGCUCGCGCGAGGCCCUGCGCGAGCGCCACUCGCCCAAUUCCUUUGCCGCUGCCGCCGCCGGCCGUGGUGCGGGACAUGCCCGGGCGGCGCCGCCUGUGCCGGCCAAGAUCCCGCUGGAUCGCGGCGUGCAGAACGAGGAUGCGGCGCUGAGUCUGGAGCUGCAGAGCAUUGACAUUGGCCCGAGUGGCGGCCGGAGACCGCGGACGAGGGGGAGGGAGUAUGGGGCAUAUGUGUGA